CAUCUUUUGAGCUCAAUGGGUACGAUUCUGCAAGAAUUUAGCAAGUUCAAGCGCAGUGAAGAAGCACAAUUUAAAGCAUUGGUGUGCAUCGGUCUCAAACUCUUUAAUUUUACGUCUAAAUUUUCAAGGGUUAUUCACGGGAUUGGUGAGUGUGACAUAAAUGAACGUAAAUCUUCACUGAAGACAAAUAAUAUCGCGGAACAGGAGAGUGAUUGCCCUUAUCUUCUUCUCGAUGUUCGAGACAAGGAUGACUUCAACCAAUGUCACAUCAUUAAAGCUGUUAACUAUCCAUAUACAUUGCUUUCGCGCUGCAUCAACUUUGAGAUCCGCGAGAUGUUGGCCUUUCGGAACAAGCCUGGACACAUAAUAAUUUGUUACGAUGAAGAUGAACGGCUUGCACCUUAUGUUGCUACAGUGCUAACGGAGCGGGGUUACGAAAACAUAUUUGUCCUUUCUGGAGGCUUGAAGGUGGGCUGGAAGCUCUUUCCCAAGGGUCUUAUUCUGGGAGAUGCACCAGUAGCUCUAAGAAGUAAGCUAGGCAAGCGGCCACGAUACGAGAAGAAUAUCCUACGCCUCUCGUCAGCUUCGAUAUCCAACUCAGCACCAUCGAUCAGUAGCGUCGUAGACGACGAUGGAGCUUCCAGUGCUCUCGGUUCUACCAUUGGUCGCCGUAGCACCAUCUCGAGCGCCCGUCGAGCCGUUCGAUAUACUUUUGAUACCUACGAGGCGGUUGGAUCCAGAGGCACACCUAACGGAGGAGAGAAUUUCUCAAUGAUCGACCUGGCUCACCUUUCCCUAGCUCUCGAUGCCCUCUGUGCUAACUCUCGAGUAAACAAAACCUCAGGAACUAACACAGCUAACUCUGUACGUUCUCGAGCGUCCAGCGCCUCCACACUGAAGGGAUUCAAAUGA